UCGCGACACUUCACAUCUUGUCUGUCACAGGCCGCAAUGAGUGGAGAUGAUAGGAGAGAAGGGGUGAAUUAUCUAGGUUGCUCAACAAUAUCUCAGAAUUGACAGUGCUUUUACCAAAUAUUUUGAUCUUUAAAAACACAAUCCACGAGCCUAACAUGUGCUGAACGCGUCUCGCCGGUUCAAACAGGUGUCUUUCGGAAAGCAGCACCAGAAACUAAAGUUAAAUCGUAUGUGUAAAGUGCUAGCGGUUAGCUGUCAAGCUACAUAGCAUAGCCAUCCAGGCAAUGGCGUUGAAAAGAAUUCAAAAGGAACUCACAGACCUGCAGAGGGACCCUCCAGCCCAGUGCUCUGCAGGCCCGCUAGGAGAUGACUUGUUCCAUUGGCAAGCAACUAUAAUGGGUCCAAAUGACAGCCCUUAUCAGGGGGGGGUGUUCUUCCUCACCAUUCACUUCCCUACAGACUACCCCUUCAAACCACCCAAAGUUGCGUUCACAACAAAAAUAUACCAUCCGAAUAUUAACAGCAACGGAAGUAUUUGUCUGGACAUACUGCGGUCGCAAUGGUCACCGGCCCUCACAGUGUCAAAAGUUCUUUUGUCUAUUUGCUCUCUGCUCUGUGACCCGAACCCGGACGACCCGCUAGUCCCUGAGAUCGCCCAUACCUACAAAUCUGACCGGGAAAAGUACAACAGACUAGCAAGAGAAUGGACACAGAAAUAUGCAAUGUGAAAAUGCCACCAAAAAUCAAAUACAAAAAAAAAAACGAAGUUUAGGAAAACAUAUUUGAUAUUUUAACACAAGGCAAGCAAAUUAAGCAAGACAUAUCUUGGGCAACACACCACCGGUGGAAAAAGGAAGCAAUACGAGGUACACUGGCACCUGGCUUCCAUGGGCUGCUGCCAUGCUCUUUGUGCCAUUCUUUGUGACUAGCGUGGACCGGCCCACCAGGACCCAAUGGACUCCUGAAGGCAGUCCCACCACGGAAUACUGGAAUUCUCCUCCACACAGCGACAUGUGCAGACUUUUACUACUGCUAUCGUGAUUUAUUAUAUUUGUUGUUAAGGCAUCACUCUCAUCAAGGGCAAUGCUAUGUUCGCUCUUGCUAGAAGUUAUUUCGGUUUUUGUUAUUCUUUGGCAAACUACUUUGGUCGAUUCAGAAGAUCGUCAAGUUUUUCCCUUAUUUCAGAGGUACUGUUUUGUCUCACUUGAUGUCUUGUUAUUGUAUUUACAUGUAUUCAGUGGCCUUUACUGUUUUAUUUUAUUAUAGUAGAUGUGCAAUUGCAGUCGGAAUGUUAACGUUGAACACAAAAUUGUGCAUGUUUAAUAAUGGCAGUUGAUUUUUAGCUUUGAAAGCAACUGCUCAAUGAACACUAUCUCUACCUUAGGGCAAAUGUGAACAAACUUGAGACGGAUUAGAUUCAUCCCAGACUGUAUAAGUGGGAGCAACAGUAUUGGAAUUAGAAUGGACAGCUGCUAUUAAAGCUAGGUGCCCCAUG